GGGCUCCAGGUGCCAGUUCCAGCCUGAGCCGAGCGCCCAAAUAACCCCGGUGUUUGCAGUCAAAGAGCCGGAGCCCAGAGGGUUCCUGCUUAGUUAUUAAGCAGAGACGAGAGAGUGAGUGUGUUCAGACUGACCGCGGGGUGAACAGUGAGAGUCUCAGCCUCCGCCAACAUCUCUCAGUCUGUCCCCGGGGAGAAGUGGAACCGGCCCCGAGGGUUGAAGCGGCGGCUGGGACAUGGAGCCAGUGAGUGAGUGGAUCCGACAGCGGUUCCCCACGGUGGAGAAUGUUUGUUCGGACACAGUGGAGCAGCUGCUGAAGGAGAAUCGGGAGCGGGUGCUGCUGCUGGAUAUUCGGAGUCCGCCUGAAUAUGAGAUCAGUCACUUACCAGGAGCCAUUCGCAUUGACCCAGAAGCCACCAACAUGGAUCAUUUGGUCAAGGAUCUGGGCCUGGCAGGUUCAAUGGAUAAAACAGUAAUCUGUUAUUGUACCGCUGGAUAUCACGGCUCAGAAAUGGCACAGAGAAUCCGCAGCUUUCUGACACACGAUGAUAGGCAGGAGGGGUCCGAUUCGCUGAAGGUUUACAACCUGGAGGGGGGGCUGGCGAAAUGGGCCAAUGAGAGGAAAGCCAUCGUGGACAGUGAGAAUCAGCCCACGAGCCUGGUCCAUCCCUACAAUACAGAGUGGGCUCAGCUACUGGAGCCAGAGUUCAGGGCCCCAAUAUGAGUGGACAUGGGGAAUUAGGGUCCUUUCUGUCCACUCGGAUUGUGCUGGUGUUCAUUUACUGAGGGGGUCACAUCCUGAGACUGCGCAAUCUAAAGGGGACUAUUGACCCUAGAAUUCUGAUGCUGAACAUGAUGUGAGAAGCUGAAGACUGGGUGGAUCUCAGAAUAAAAGAAACCUUUCUGGAAAAA